GCCGCGCUUGGCGCCGGGCCCAGCCCCGCAGCCUCCGGGGCCGCCCAGCCGCGCCGGCAGGUGUUGGGCGGUGACAGCUGGGGGCUGAGCCCUCGGCAGCCCCACAGGCUGCGGCUGCCAUGGAGGGGCUCUGGGUGCUGCUGGCUGCUGCUCUGCUCCCACUGCUUCCCACUGGUAAAGCCACCAGGCCGUCACCCACCCUGGCCCCACCACUGAGUAUGGUGGUGGCUGGGCAGCGCCGGCAGCUGGUGGUCUGCCUGGUGAGCGAGCUGGGCCCUGGCUCGGGCCACAGCGUCUGGAUCUCCAGUGGGAACAGCAGUACCCUGCAGUCCUUCUCCUAUGGGGCCUCCCAGGAGGAUGGUGGCACCAUCUGUACCAUCUCCCUUCUCCCUGAUGACCCUCUGCCUGAGGGAGAUCUCACCUGCCACGUGGGCCCCAACAGGACCUCUCCAGCCCACAGUUCCAGUCCCAUCCGCAUCACAGGCAACGAGGAGGGGGUAGAGCCAUGUCCCAGCAGCAUGGCUGUGGGGAUGGCCCAAGCCUCAGUGGCCUUGCUGGUGGCCAUCCGAGUGGUGCUGCUGAAGGUUGCACUCUCCGAUGCCAUCCUCACCUCCAUCUUCCUCAUCCAAACCUAAAGGCCUAGGUAGAAGCCUGCCCCUGAGAGUGCAAGGACAUGUGGAGCUUCACAGCAAAGAGAAAAUGAAGAAAUUAAACUCAGGAGCUCUUUGCAAAGCUUUUCCUGCAGCUCUGUGGACACUGAUGGCUGAGCUGUGCUAUGGCACCUGCAUAACCUCAGAGAAGCAUCCUAGCAAGUGCUGACCACACAUUGCUCCUCUUCUUGCCCAGGCUUGGAACCUGUGUCAGCACGCAGUGAUGGCCAUGGGCAGCAUCUGGAUAAUUGGACCCAACAGUGAGCAUCCCUGGCAUGCAAGGGGAUGCUGUAGUAGGUGUGGUGUGGAGCAGGACAUCCUUGAGGCCUGAGUCCAGAGGAAGUGCCAGAAGGAGCAUUCAUCCCAUUUGAGAAUUGGCUGCAGUCACCUCCAGCCCCUGGUGUCAGCAGAGAAAGGAAAGCACAGGAGGUGUGUGUGAGGCUUCUCAGCACAUGCAUGACAGCCCUGGAGAAGGCACUUUGCUCUCAUCCUGCCUGCAGCUUAUCUCUCUGCUCAUAUCAUUGCCUGGGAGAAGAUGUGGUGUUUCGUCACUGUCACACUGUUCCUGCUGUGGGGAACUUCUUCAAAAGCAGGGCUUGAAGAAGAGGAGCUCCCAGCACAGGACAAACCUUUCUCCAGCAUCCUGGGUCCCUGGCUUCGAAGGAGGAAGAGCCACACCACACUUGGCUUCCAUUCCCUAUGUUACCACUUUGUAAAGGCUGGAGAUACUUCUCCAGCUGUUUCUGUAGCUCUCUUUGGAUUCUUUGUUACAGAAGC